AUGACCGAUCAAAAUCGAAACGAAGAUCAAAAUGAUGAAGGAGACAGUUCUACUGCUGGUGCAUCAACGACAUCGAAGUCGUUUAGCCAAAAAUCAAAGAGUAAACCAGCUGAUGCUGCUGCUGUCGUCGCCGCCGCAACCGAGGUCGUCGAUGGAAAUAGCACACGUGCUGAGAACAACAAUCAAAAACUUACAGAUAAAUCAAUGCGAAAUUUAAUGAAACAAAUGACACUUGCCGAACAAGCUGCUGCUAGCAAUAAUGUAUAUGCACCGAAAUAUGACGAAAAGGCAGCAUCAAGACAAGAAUGGAAAUUUUGGCAAACACAACCCGUACCGACGAUUGGUACAAAAAUUAAUACAAGUAAUAUUGGACCUAUCGAAUCAAAUAAAUCAAUAGAUGACUUACGACAAGAACCAUAUAAAUUACCCGAUGGUUUUUCUUGGAAUGAUAUUGAUAUUCAUGUUGAUGAACAAUUACAGGAAUUGUAUACGUUCUUGAGCGAAAAUUAUAUCGAAGAUGAUGGUAAUGAUUUUCGAUUGGAGUAUUCCAUGCCAUUUUUACGAUGGGCUCUAUGUGCGCCCGGUUGGCUUCAAAAAUUCCAUGUGGGAGUUCGUGUAACGAAAAGUGGUAAAUUGGUUGGUUUUAUCAGUGCUGUACCGAUUCGAAUGAGAGUUUAUGAUAAGGAAUUACCAAUGGUAGAUAUAAACUUUUUAUGUGUUCACAAAAAAUUACGACUUAAACGUUUGUCACCCGUACUUAUUAAAGAGAUAACGCGUCGUGGGCAUUUGGAAGGAUUUUUUCAAGCAGUAUACACAGCCGC